GUCUGCCCCAGCUGCCAGCCGUACCAGUUCCGGACUCUCCACUACGUUUUCUGCCUUCCCCAGUCGGACCUCUGUGCCCGUUGAGCCAAAAUGGCACAGAAAGGCCAGCUCAGCGACGACGAGAAGUUCCUCUUUGUGGACAAAAAUGUCAUCAACAGCACGGUGGCCCAGGCGGACUGGUCGGCCAAGAAGCUGGUCUGGGUUCCAUCGGAGCGGCAUGGGUUCGAAGCGGCGAGCAUCAAGGAAGAGAAAGGGGACGAGGUGCUGGCGGAGCUGGCCGAGAACGGGAAGAAGGUGACUUUCAGCAAGGAUGACAUCCAGAAGAUGAACCCCCCCAAGUUCUCCAAGGUGGAGGACAUGGCCGAGCUGACCUGCCUCAACGAAGCGUCUGUCCUGCACAACCUACGGGAGCGAUACUUCUCGGGCCUCAUCUACACUUACUCAGGUCUCUUUUGCGUGGUUGUAAACCCUUACAAGCAGCUGCCCAUCUACUCGGAGAAAAUUAUCGACAUGUACAAAGGCAAGAAGCGCCACGAGAUGCCCCCCCACAUCUACGCUAUUGCCGACACGGCAUACAGGAGCAUGAUGCAAGAUCGAGAAGACCAGUCCAUUCUUUGCACAGGGGAAUCGGGUGCCGGCAAAACAGAAAACACGAAGAAAGUCAUUCAGUAUCUGGCUGUCGUUGCCUCUUCUCAUAAGGGCAAAAAAGAUACCAGCAUCACGCAAGGUCCAUCUUUUGCUUACGGUGAGCUGGAAAAGCAACUUCUCCAGGCCAAUCCCAUCCUUGAAGCUUUCGGGAACGCCAAAACCGUGAAGAACGAUAACUCCUCCCGAUUCGGUAAAUUCAUCCGCAUCAACUUCGACGUCACCGGCUACAUUGUUGGAGCGAAUAUAGAAACCUAUUUGCUGGAAAAGUCCCGUGCCAUUCGACAAGCCCGCGAAGAGAGGACCUUCCAUAUAUUUUACUAUUUGCUAGCUGGUGCUAAUGAACAAAUGAAGAAUGACCUGCUUCUUGAAGGUUUCAACAACUACACUUUCCUGUCCAAUGGCUACGUGCCCAUUCCCACUCAGCAAGACGAUGAGAUGUUCCAGGAGACCCUGGAAGCGAUGGGUAUUAUGGGUUUCAACGAAGAAGAGCAAGUUGCCAUGCUGAAAGUUGUUUCCUCAGUUCUCCAGCUGGGGAAUAUUGUCUUCAAGAAAGAGCGGAACACCGACCAGGCGUCCAUGCCAGACAACACAGCUGCACAAAAAGUGUGUCACCUUGCGGGUAUUAACGUGACAGACUUCACACGGGCGAUCCUAACCCCGAGGAUCAAGGUUGGGCGAGACGUCGUUCAGAAAGCUCAGACCAAAGAACAGGCUGAUUUUGCUAUAGAGGCCUUAGCCAAAGCAACGUAUGAACGCCUCUUCCUUUGGAUCCUGAGCCGCGUGAAUAAGGCCCUUGACAAGACCAAGAGGCAAGGAGCAUCUUUCCUGGGAAUCCUUGACAUCGCUGGCUUCGAGAUUUUUGAGGACAACUCUUUUGAGCAGCUCUGCAUCAAUUACACCAAUGAGAAGCUCCAGCAGCUUUUCAACCACACUAUGUUCAUUCUGGAGCAAGAGGAGUACCAGCGGGAAGGCAUCGAGUGGAACUUCAUUGAUUUCGGACUGGAUCUGCAGCCCUGCAUCGAGCUGAUUGAAAGACCCAACAACCCUCCCGGCGUCCUGGCCUUGUUGGACGAGGAGUGCUGGUUCCCCAAAGCUACGGACACCUCCUUUGUGGAGAAACUGUGUUCGGAACAAGGCAACCACUCCAAGUUCCAGAAGCAAAAGCAGCUCAAGGACAAGACGGAGUUCUCCAUCAUCCAUUACGCAGGGAAGGUCAACUACAACGCAACCGCUUGGCUGACCAAGAACAUGGAUCCCCUCAACGAUAACGUGACGUCCUUACUGAAUCAGUCCUCCGAGAAGUUUGUGGCGGAUCUCUGGAAAGACGUGGACCGCAUUGUGGGGCUGGACCAGGUGGCCAAGAUGUCCGACAGCGCCCUCCCGAGCGCUUCCAAGACCAAGAAGGGCAUGUUCCGGACGGUCGGGCAGCUGUACAAGGAGCAGCUGACGAAGCUCAUGACCACCCUGAGGAACACGAGCCCCAACUUCGUCCGCUGCAUCAUCCCAAACCACGAGAAACGGUCCGGGAAACUAGACGCCCACUUGGUGCUGGAGCAACUGAGGUGUAACGGCGUGUUGGAGGGGAUCCGCAUUUGUCGCCAGGGCUUCCCGAACAGAAUCGUCUUCCAGGAAUUCCGGCAGCGCUAUGAAAUUCUUGCUGCAAACGCCAUUCCAAAAGGAUUUAUGGAUGGGAAACAGGCGUGUAUCCUCAUGAUCAAAGCCCUGGAACUUGAUCCCAACCUGUACCGGAUUGGCCAAAGCAAGAUCUUCUUCAGAACCGGCGUCUUGGCUCACUUGGAGGAGGAGAGAGACCUGAAAAUCACAGAUGUCAUCAUCACUUUCCAGGCUCAGAGUCGAGGCUACCUGGCACGAAAGGCUUUUGCCAAGAGGCAGCAACAACUCACCGCCAUGAAGGUCAUCCAGAGAAACUGUGCUGCUUACCUGAAGCUGCGGAACUGGCAGUGGUGGAGACUCUUCACCAAGGUGAAGCCGCUGCUACAGGUCACCCGGCAAGAGGAAGAAAUGCAGGCGAAAGAUGAAGAGCUCAAGUCGAUCAAGGAACGGCAAAUCAAGGCAGAGAGCGAACUGAAGGAGCUGGAACAGAAGCACAGCCAGCUGUCCGAAGAGAAGAACCUGCUCCAGGAGCAGCUCCAGGCCGAGACGGAGCUGUACGCGGAGGCGGAGGAGAUGCGGAUCCGCUUGGCCGCCAAGAAGCAAGAGCUGGAGGAAAUCCUGCACGAAAUGGAGGCCCGGAUCGAGGAGGAGGAGGACCGCGGGGCGCAGCUGCAGGCGGAGAAGAAGAAGAUGCAGCAACAGAUGCUGGAACUUGAGGACCAGCUAGAAGAAGAAGAAGCCGCAAGGCAAAAGCUGCAGCUGGAGAAAGUAACUGCAGAGGCCAAGAUCAAGAAGAUGGAAGACGACAUCCUCAUGAUGGACGAUCAGAACAACAAGCUCACCAAGGAAAGAAAACUCCUCGACGAGAGAAUCAGCGAUUUGACGACAAACCUCGCGGAAGAGGAGGAGAAAGCCAAGAACCUCACGAAACUGAAAAACAAGCACGAGUCGAUGAUUUCGGAACUGGAAGUGCGCCUGAAGAAGGAAGAGAAAUGCCGGCAAGAACUGGAGAAAAUGAAGCGGAAGCUGGAGGGCGACUCAAGCGACCUCCACGAGCAGAUCGCCGACCUCCAGGCCCAGAUCGAGGAGCUGAAGAUGCAGCUGGCCAAGAAGGAGGAAGAGCUCCAGGCCGCCCUGGCCAGGCUUGAGGAUGAAAUAGGCCAGAAAAACAAUGCCCUGAAGAAAAUCCGUGAGUUGGAAGCUCACAUCUCCGACCUCCAAGAGGACCUGGAUUCUGAACGGGCCGCCAGGAACAAAGCCGAAAAGCAGAAGCGGGACCUGGGUGAGGAGCUGGAGGCGCUGAAGACAGAACUAGAAGAUACCCUGGACAGCACGGCCACCCAGCAAGAGCUCAGAGCCAAGAGGGAACAGGAAGUGACCGUCUUGAAGAGAGCUCUGGACGAGGAGACCCGGACCCAUGAAGCUCAGGUCCAAGAGAUGAGGCAGAAGCACACGCAGGCCGUGGAGGAGCUGACGGAGCAGCUGGAGCAGUUUAAGCGGGCCAAAGCCAACUUGGACAAGACCAAGCAGACGCUGGAGAAAGACAAUGCUGACCUGAGCAGCGAGGUCCGGUCCCUCAACCAGGCCAAGCAGGAGGUGGAGAACAAGAAGAAGAAGCUUGAAGUGCAGCUGCAGGAGCUGCAGUCUCGGUUCACCGACGGGGAGCGCGUCCGGACGGAGCUCAACGAAAAAGUCCACAAGUUGCAGGUGGAGGUGGAGAACGUCACGGGGCUGCUAAGCGAAGCCGAAACCAAGAGCAUCAAGCUCACGAAAGACGUCGCCACGCUGGGCUCUCAGCUGCAGGACACGCAGGAGCUGCUCCAGGAAGAAACGCGGCAGAAACUCAACUUGUCCACGAAGCUUCGCCAGAUGGAGGACGAGAAGAACAGCCUGCAGGAGCAGCUGGAGGAAGAGGCGGAGGCGAAGCAGAACCUGGAGAGGCACAUUUCGACGCUGAACGUGCAGCUCUCCGACUCCAAGAGGAAGCUUCAGGAGUACAUCGGCACCGUCGAAAGCAUGGAGGAAGGCAGGAAGAGGCUCCAGAAGGAAGUCGAGGGCCUCACGCAGCAGUUUGAGGAGAAAGCCGCUUCCUACGACAAACUGGAAAAGACCAAGAACCGGCUCCAGCAGGAGCUGGACGAUCUCGUGGUGGACCUGGACAACCAGCGCCAGCUGGUCUCCAACCUGGAGAAGAAGCAGAAGAAGUUUGACCAGAUGCUAGCAGAGGAGAAGAACAUCUCUUCCAAAUAUGCCGACGAAAGAGACCGGGCGGAGGCUGAAGCCCGGGAGAAGGAGACGAAGGCGCUUUCGCUGGCCCGGGCCCUGGAGGAGGCCCUGGAAGCCAAGGAGGAGCUGGAGAGAACCAACAAAUUGCUGAAAGCGGAGAUGGAAGACCUCGUGAGCUCCAAGGAUGAUGUCGGCAAGAACGUUCAUGACUUGGAGAAGUCCAAACGGGCUCUGGAGCAGCAGGUGGAAGAGAUGAAGACGCAGCUGGAAGAACUGGAGGACGAGCUGCAAGCGACGGAAGACGCCAAGCUGAGGCUGGAGGUGAACAUGCAGGCCCUGAAAGGCCAGUUCGAGAGAGACCUGCAAGCCAGGGACGAGCAAAACGAAGAGAAGAGGCGGCAGCUGCAGAAGCAGCUCCAUGAGAUGGAAGUGGAACUGGAAGAUGAGCGCAAGCAGCGAGGCCUGGCGUCUGCCGCCAAGAAGAAAUUGGAGGUGGACCUCAAGGACCUGGAAGGCCAAGUGGACUCGGCCAACAAAGGCCGGGAGGAAGCCAUCAAGCAACUGCGGAAGCUACAGGCUCAGAUGAAGGACUUCCAGCGCGAACUGGAUGAUGCCCGUGCCGCCCGGGAAGAAGUCUUCGCCACGGCCCGAGAAAACGAGAAGAAAGCCAAGAACCUAGAGGCUGAGCUGAUGCAGCUUCAGGAGGAUUUGGCGGCUGCGGAACGGGCUCGGAAGCAAGCCGAACAGGAGAAGGAGGACCUGGCUGAAGAGCUGGCAAGUUCUGCUUCCGGCAGGACGAGCCUUCAGGACGAAAAGCGGCGCUUGGAGGCGAGGAUCUCCCAAAUGGAGGAGGAGCUGGAAGAGGAGCAGGGCAACAUGGAGGCCAUGAGCGACCGCUUCCGGAAGGCCGUGCAGCAGUCGGAGCAGCUGAACAACGAGCUGGCGUCAGAGCGGGCCACGGCCCAGAAGAACGAGAGCGCCCGGCAGCAGCUGGAGAGGCAGAACAAGGAGCUGAAGUCGAAACUGCAGGAGAUGGAAGGGGCCAUCAAGUCGAAGCUCAAGGCCACCGUCACAUCCCUGGAAGCCAAAAUCGCACAGCUGGAGGAACAGCUGGAACAGGAAUCCAGAGAAAAGCAAACGGCGGCAAAAGCCCUGCGCCAGAAGGACAAGAAGCUCAAAGAAGUCCUGCUGCAGGUUGAGGACGAGAGGAAGCAAGCGGAGCAGUACAAAGACCAGGCCGACAAGGGCAGCUCCCGGGUGAAGCAGCUGAAAAGGCAGCUGGAGGAGGCGGAAGAGGAGUCCCAGCGCAUGAACGCCAGCCGCCGGAAGCUGCAGCGGGAGCUGGACGAGGCCACCGAGAGCAGCGAGGCCAUGAGCCGGGAGGUGGCCGCCCUCAAGAGCAAGCUCAGGCGUGGGAACGAGCCAGCCGCCUUCGCCCCCUCGCGCCGAUCCGGUGGCGGCGGGCGGCGUGUCAUCGAAAAUGCUGCCGAAGGCUCCGAGGAGGAAGCAGACGGCCGCGACGGCGAUUUCAACGGAACAAAAGCCAGUGAAUAAUAAAACGCCACGCUUGCUGAUUUUAAAGCACUGAAACCCAAAAAUAAAAGAAUGACGAUAAUAAUAAGGGAGGGGGGGUGAUUGUAGCACUGUAUGCUGCUUUAUUUAUCCUAGAGCCACAGACCCCCACCUCAUGACAAUGAACCGAGCACAGCCGCCUUUUACUCCGGUGUACACACCAACACUCUUCGCUGUUGCGGAACGGCUUUUCCCCCCAGGAGUUCUUUCAGAGCAGCUCUGCUUCACGGAGGGGAAAAGGCAACGCUCUUGGUGUGACCAGAGCCAAACGCCUGGGGGCCCCGGGCGUGCCAGCCGCAAGACGGCGCCCACCCAGCCGGGGGCUCCUUCCCUGAUGCUGCCGCUGCCCCUUCAUUCCCCCUUCCUACUCAGUCCCCCCCCCCUUUUUCUUCCUGGGUCCUGCACCCCCAGCGCCACACAGUUCACAAGACCAAAGUGCCUUUCUUAGCCAUGUCUUUUUGGGGGAGGGAUGGGGGGAGGGAAUGAAGAAAGAACACACCAGCUGUUAUUGUUUCAGAGGAACUUUGUGCUUAACACACACGAAUAAAGGUCUAUAAAAUCAA